GAAUAAAUAAAAUAAAACAAAAAACCCAGUCCCUAAAAACUGAAAUUUAUCAGGCCGAAAGUCUCUCUCCUGCUACUGCCGCCUCUCGUUGCUGCCGGCUGAAGCUUCCGCCCCCCGUCGUCGAGUACUGAGAAAUGACUAAGGGGUUGAUAUGGGCAACAGCAGAAGACUUAGCGAGAAACCGAGGAAAAGUAAUUUCAUUGUACCGACAAAUACUUCGGAGCCUCAACUCUCCGAAACUGGAACUCAAUUUAGCAGCGAGGUUGGCGAAGAAAGCAGAGGCACGCACCAUUUUUAUGUUGGGUUCUGAAGAGCGUUCGCUUCACAACAUUGAAGACCUCAUCGAUGCUGCUGAAUACUCUCUUUCUCUUUUGAAACAAGGCAAAAUCCCCAAACAUAUUCAAUAAAUCUUCAACCAUGUAUUGCCACAGUUUCUUGCCUUUUCAUUUUUGUAUGUAUAUUUUGAAUUUGUUUAACUUAUAUGGAUAAUAAAAUGGGAUUCAAAUAUCAA